UUAUAUUUAAUCAUUUAUUUACAUAUUUCUAUUAAGAUAAUCAAACCCUUUGUGCUGUACAAAAUAGCAAGCGUGUAUUAAAAAAAUAACAUAAACUAUAGUGAACCUUUCAUCUUGGAGUAUCCCCAGUAUAAAGCUGAUACAAUGUCAGAACAAGUGCUGGACGAGGAAACGUGGCCAAUGGAAGCGCAAGCCGCCAUCAACGACAUCAAAGAGCACGUGAAGGCAGCAACCAUCUCCUCCGCGCUGAAGAACACAAAUCAACGCAUCUUCAUCAACAUGACCACUUUAGAAGACCUCAAUUACUGUAUCGAAAUGUCCUCGGCCGGGUUCAGGGUGGUCGGUCGGAUGUACGAUGACACAAGUUUGUCAACAAUAGAGAAUAUGAAUUAUGAAACACCGUACGCUCUACUGAAUAGCAUUAGCCAAAAGUACAGGGAAUCGUUUGGUGGCGAACUGAUGAACAAACUGCUCGACUUAGCAAAGAAAGAAGGAAAGACGGAAGGUUGAUAUGCCUAUGGCUCACACUAUAAUAAUAAGGACUGAAUUGGUUUUCUUGUCGAUUAUUUCAUAUACUUAGGUGUUGAUGUACGUGAGCUUAUAUGAACAUUGAAUGGGUCAGAGAAAACAUUUUACAAUAUUAUUGUGAUCACACGUUUCGAUAAGGAUUGUUGAACAAAUUGUAUCUGAUACAAAAUAUAAAUCGAUCAUAAUUUCCAAAAUUGAAAGAAAAAGCGUGCACGCAUUGCAAUGCUUCGACACGCCUGAGGAUAUAGUCCACAAUUCGUAUGUCAAUCAAAUUUUAUAGGACACAUCUAUACAGUCUUUCUUCCAUAAAAAUCGUUGAUUAGAUUGAUUGUGUUAGUUCAAAUAAAUGUUGUAAUAUUAUAUUUAAUAGACUGGCUCUACUAGAAUAGUAUAAGAUGAAUACUGUGGUGACGGAUUUCGUACAAAUUUUUUAUUUGAAGUUGUAAACUAGUACCUAACUACUACAUAUUGUAGAAUUAUAUGAAUUUUCAAUGUUAUUGAGAACAUUGUGUAAAUAUAUAAAAAGAAAUAUCAAAAUAUUACAUAGACUUGUUUAAUCACUACAUUAACUAAGAAUAAAAUAUAUUAAUUUGUGUCUCCCUUGUUAAAUCUUAUCAAAAAACAUACCUUCAUUCACAUUGAAUAUGGGACAAGGGAUAAAAAUGCAGUUUUAUGACAAAUAUAAGUAUUUUAGACGAGCUUAAUAAUAGUUAUCAUAAAAUUUGGACAUACAGUACCUAUACAGAUGUACAAGAAGGAAGAUAAUUGAAAAAGAAAGUUUAUUUAGGUGUGAUUAUUUUAAAGUACAAUUAAACUUGUCAAUAUGACAUUACCCGCAUAUACCUGCUAAAAUUUUACGUUGUUCUAAGGCGGGCUGUAUACGACAAAUAAAACAUCUCCAAAGCUUAAGUAGUACCAAAAAUCUCAAGCUAUUGUAUCUCAACUAUUUUCUUGCUUUAAUAAUUACGAUGAAACUAUCGUGCGGUUGUAAAUUAUAUAUGUAUGUAUGUAUGUAUUCUAUGAUUAUAACUUCUAGUGCAAUAUCUAUCCACUAGUCUUAAGAGCAGACUGAGUAGUUACAAUAAUUAUGUACACUUUAUAUCACGUGUUUUGAUAGAAAAGCAUAUUAUUAUUCAGUAA